AUGCUCUCUGUGCUAUAUGUAGUGGCUUCUUUGCUACCGAAAGCAUCGUCCAGGUCGUCAACAACAACGAACGAGACAACCACAUCGAAUACAUCGCAACCCAGCAGCAGUAAUAGCAACCACCAUGCACCCACCACCAAGAACAGCAGAACAUCACUAGUCGUAGGCUCACGGGAAUCCCAACUCGCAAUGGUCCAAACCGAACUCGUCGUUGAGAUGCUCAAGAAAUCACACCCAUCUCUCUCCCUAACAAUCCAAGGAAUAACCACCAUCGGCGACCAAGUCCUCGACGUCGCUCUCUCUAAAAUAGGCAGUAAAUCGCUCUUUACCAAAGAACUGGAAAUCGCUCUUGACGAACAUCGAGUUGAUCUCGUUGUUCAUUCGCUUAAAGAUGUGCCGACUACGCUGCCGCCUGGUAUGAGUAUCGGUGCGAUUCUGCAUCGUGAGGAUCCGAGAGAUGCGGUUGUUAUGGGGCUCAAGUGGAAGGAGUAUGCUUUGGAGACUUUGCCAAAGGGGAGUGUUGUGGGGACUAGUUCGUUGAGAAGGACUGCUCAGUUGAAGAGAAAGUAUCCUGAUUUGGUGUUUAAAGAUGUGAGAGGGAACCUGAAUACGAGGUUGAGCAAACUAGACGCUGAAGACUCUCCAUUUGCAUGUCUGCUCCUAGCAUACGCUGGUCUCGUACGCUUAGGAUGGCACUCUCGUAUCUCAUCAAUCCUCGAACCAUCCACAAUACUAUACGCUGUAGGACAAGGUGCUCUAGCCGUCGAAAUACGGCAAGACGACACUUUUACUAAAUCCAUCGUCGCCUCAUUAAACCACCACGAAACAAGUAUAUGUGUUAACGCCGAACGAGCAUUUAUGAGGUACCUGGAAGGAGGAUGUAGUGUUCCUAUUGGUGUAUGUACGGAAUGGGUGCCUGUUGAUGAUGCCACGUUGUCAGCAUCUGGUAGUAGUGUUAGUAAUAGUAGUCAUAAAAGUAUCAAGACGGCAAGGAAGGCAAAUCAUCAGCAUCAGACUCUUAGAUUAACUGGUAGUGUAACGAGCUUGGAUGGAUUGCAGGAGUUUAAAGAGGUCGUGGAGGGUGUUAUUCCAUUCGACAAGAGUGUCGAGUUGCAGAUUGAUGCUGCUGAGGCAUUAGGAGUUGCAUUGGGUAAAAAGUUGGAAGUGUUGGGUGUGCAUGGUAUCUUGGAUGAUAUAAAGAAGAAUCGGCCUGCACCGCUUGUAGCAGACAAGUAA